AUAUGCACUGCUUGUGUUAAUAGGAUCCUGCCUUGCCGUCAUUUAUUCUGGGUGAUUAGACAACACAAUGUCACGUGUAUUCGUUUGCCUCUUCGUGCUUUUCUUCCUCAGCAUCGCCGUGCAAUUCGGCGAUUGUGAAAAUGUUAAACCAGAAUGCGAAGAUGAAAAUAUCAAACCUGGUUCCGACAAAGUUCAUUUGUCGCCUAUCGAAGCAGGAAUGAAAAAAGUAAAGUCGCCCUUCGAUAAGCUGAAAGAAAUAAAGUCGCCCUUCGAUAAGCUGAAAGAAAUGAAGUUGCCCUUAGAUAAGCUGGAAGAAAUGAAGUUACCUUUAGAUAAGCUGAAAGAAAUGUUGCCCUUAGAUAAGCUGGAAGAAAUGAAGUUACCCUUAGAUAAGUUGAAAGAAAUGAAGUCGCCAUUCGAUAAGCUGAAAGAAAUAAAGUCGCCCUUCGAUAAGAUGGGCGAUCUUUUCGGAAAGAACAAAAAAGAUUCGCAAGAAAGUUCGGGAGAAGAUUCGCGAGAAAAUUCGCAAGAAGAACCUAAAGUAAGAGGAUCCCUAACAGAUCUAGAAGACAAGAUGAGGGCAAUCUUUCCAGGUAAUUCGAUCAUCUUCAGCUUGCAGAAAGAAUACUAUAAAUGAUAAAAAUAAAUAUCU